AUGACUUUUGAUAACCCAUAUCCAGAUUUAUCCACUUCAGCCUCACCGCGUCGUAUACAAACAUCUGUUUACAACAUGAUACCCAAAUUAGCAAAACUAACCAGUGUCUCUGCCAACCCAGGCAGAUUCGUCAAGUUGUUCUUUUUCACUUUACUAGCAUUCAACUUGAUUUUCCUCUUGUAUAAUGAAAAUGGCCUCAACCACUCCAUGAAGUCAAUCAAAAGUAUAAGUUCCAAUAUUAAUGUCAACUUGUCUCCAUUGAAGUUGGGCUCAAAAAAUACCCUUUCUAUCCAACGAAUGCCCAAACAUGUACGCAACAAGUUCAAGAGCUUAAAAGACCCUCAAAACGCCGACCGUUUCUUUAUGAUCAAUACCGACUUGACCGAAGUAGACAUUACCAUACCAGUAAACUACACUACACAAACAUAUAGCUCAAACAUCAUAACCUACGAUCCAAGAUUCACACUUUCAAUGUACUUGCACGAGUUAAAGGUCCAGUACUUGGCCAAUGCAAGAACAGUUGACCUCAAUGAAAUUUCGCAGCCAAUUAAGCUCCCAUUCGAUUGGGUAGACUGGAUGGACCUCACAUUACUCAAUGAGCAAUUGCGUGAACCACCUGAGGUACGUCCCAAUUGUCAAAGUAUUAGAGAAAACACCGAUGCAAAACAAGUGCUUAUGGAAAGAUGGUGUCAAGACCUCGACCAAGUAACCGAGGAACAAUUACAAACCUGGGGUUACACAAAACAGCAAUUGCCAGGCUUUAUCAUCUUUGGCCACCAGCCACACAAUAAACGUUGUUUUAAUGAUGAUCGUGUCAAGAUGGCCAAGUCGUAUGCUUUGAUCCAUAUGCCAAACCCAUUAAAGGUUAUCAUCUUGGACCAAGAUGGAACAUACGAAUUUGAUGUUGACCAAACAAGAAAACAAAGAAUUAACCAAGGCGAUAUGUUUCAACGGUACUUGAAGUUUAAUAACCUUUUGAAUGAUGAAGUUGAACAAAUCAAGUUGAACCAUUUGGAAGAGUUGCGCCAUUUAAAGAGCUUGAUCAUACCAUACAACAAUGAAGACACCAAACUCAAGAUUGAAGGAUCAUCAAUGUAUAAUCUUAGCCAAGAAAUGUUUCACCCAAAAACAAUCGAUGAGCAAUUUGCAUAUCUUCCCAAAGAGUUUCUUACUUCUUUGGACUCCCUUACUAGCGAAGGCACUGAAACCCAGGAACAACAAGCCAAACUCGAUUCCCUUAUUAAAUCGCAGUUAACGCCACAACAACAAAUCUUUCUCGAUGGAUUGCUCACAUGCCAGGCCUCGUUUGAUAAUCAAGAGCCAAGGUUUUUCAAAAUGACUACAUUGCGUUUGGAUGAUGAGCGGAAUGUAGAUUACGAUCGUGGCUGGCAUUAUGACUGGAGGUUCUUUAAUGGUGCCCUCAAUUACGAUAAGCCCGGAUGGACACAACAGGAAAAUACGUUCCGUACCGAGAUUAUCCUUGAUAGGUUAUUGCGUAACUGGACCAAGUUUGCACAAAAGAAGGGAAUCAUCUGGUGGAUUAUGCACGGUCCGCUCUUGUCGUGGUACUGGGAUGGGUUGAUGUUUCCAUUUGAUAUUGAUAUUGAUAUUCAAGUACCGGUUGAGCAUUUGUAUACUCUUGCAAGAGACUAUAAUCAAACAUUGGUUGUCGAAGAUCCUUCUGAAGGAUAUGGCAAAUUCUUUAUUGAGGCGGGUACCUAUAUAUAUAAUCGAGACAUGUCGAAUGGAGAAAACUAUAUUGAUGCCCGUUUUAUUGAUGUUGACUCUGGUAUCUAUAUUGAUAUCACGGGUUUGUCCAAGUCAAAGGCGAUGCCCGAUGAGUUUUAUACCGAGGAGGAGAUCAAGGGUCUUAUCAAGGAUGUCGAUAUAAACAAGGUGAGCGAGUUUGAUGAGAUUUACAAUGACAGAAGAAAGCAUUUUUACAAGUUGCACCAAAUCUCGCCAUUACGUCAUUCCAUGUUGCAAGGUAUUCCAGUAUUUAUUCCUCAAGAGAUUAAUUCGCGUUUGCAAUUUGAGUAUGAGCGCGGGUUGAGUGAGUUUGAGUAUGCCGAUUGGUAUUUUGUUAAGCAGUUGAACUUGUGGAUUCAUGGCGAGCAUUUGAGCCAGGUGCUUCCACAUGAGCUUAUAAUGGAUGAGCCUGGUAAGAUCAAUAAAGAAAAGGUUUUGAUUCAGCUAGACUUGCUUACUGAUGAGAUAGUGUUGAAGCUUUUGGACAUUGAUGAGAUUUUGAUUGAGUAUUACAAGACCAAAAAGUAUACCGACUUUCAUGAUUUGGAGAUGGAGUACAUGCUUGUUGGUGACCACAAGAGGUAUGAAGAGCUUGUUGAGGGGUACUUUAAGAAGAUGGAUCCACCAUUGAGAAAGGCAUUGUGGGACUAUGAGAAUUUGGAAAGACCAAAACAUCAUAAGAAUAGGUGA